AUGCUUGCCCGGGACGUCGCGCAGAGGCAACUCCGCGACGAACUUCCAAAGGAGGAGACUGAUGAGCCCCAGCUGCCGCCAAGGAAGGCUCGGCGUCUUACCGCUCGAGCAGCGCGUCCGGGGACCUCUUCAGCGCUGCGGGUUCGGGAGAGCGCUCUCUUCCGACCUGUGCGUUCGGUGGGGACCGUCAUAGACAGCCUGCCUCUGAGUCUGCAAACUCUGGGCGAUGCUUCCUUCGUGUCCGUCAGUGUCGGAAGAGGCUUUCAAGUCUUCGAGUGCGACAAACUCCGCCUUGCCUACAUUGGUCCUCGGCUGAACGAGAAGAUUCGGGCCAUUACUACGGUGGGCGAGACCGUCAUCACUGCUUUGAAGCUUGAUAUCGUCGUGUGGCAUCGUGUGGCUGAGAUCGGACGCCUGCGUGGGCACCACAGCUCGGCGACCGUACUGUGUCCACUCGGGUCGAGUUUCCUCAUCUCCGCCGCUGGAAGUGAGGUCAUUGUGUGGCCCUUGACAGAGCUGGCAAGCCAGAAGGCCACUGCUGAGGAUGGCGUGGUCGCACCCCUGGGCCGUUUGAACCUGGGGGAAUUUGGGGCGGUCACCUGUGUGCGCCACCCUCCAACCUACCUGCACAAGGUCUUGAUCGCUGGGGCAACUGGCGGCAUGGAGUUGUGGAACGUGCGCUCCCGAGAGCGUAUCCAUACUUUCAAGUCCCACCUUGGUCAGGCACAGCUUAGCGGUGCCGUCGGCAUCACAUCGCUGAUGGAAGCACCAAACGCGCUCGACAUCGUGGCCGUAGGCUUUGCAAGUGGCCGCAUCUGCAUGAUGAACGUUCGCGAGGACCGAGUGCUUUUCGAGUUCAAUCAAGCCCAGGGUCGCGUUACCUGCUUGGCAUUCCGAUCCGACGACAGCGCCAAGCCCAACCUGGUUAGCGGCUGUUCCAGCGGCGAGUUUGCAGUCUGGGACCUAGAGACACGGAGGCUGGUGGAGCUGCACGAAAAAGCGCACAAGGGUCCGGUGAACUCGGCGGUCUUCCUGCCCAAAGAGCCACUUUUGCUCACCAGCGGAAGCGACAACGCGGUGCGCAUGUGGAUCUUCGACACUGCAGAUGGCUUGGCGAGAUAUCUGAAAGGUCGCUGCGGCUGCCCGGGUCCCGCCCGAAAGAUUCAGUUCUACGGCGAAGGUGACAAAGAGCUCCUCGUUGCCGGAGGCUUCCAGCGCACCUUAGUACCUGAGGUGGGCGAGCUGCAUGGGAUACUUGAGCAAGAUCUCCUUCAUCCAGGAUCAGCAGAAUCGAGAGCCCCUCCUGCAGAGUCCAGGGUCCGUAGCAUCGCUGGAGCAUGGGCUGCGGAGGUUCUACAGGCGACGGCUGAGGUCUCUACUGUGACAUGCCGGGAUGUCCAGGAUUCCAUGCAGGUUCUGGCUUUGGCGCUUUGGCAGAGAGGGCUUGGUGCCUAG